AUGGGGGUAGGGGUACAGCGAACAUCAUUACAGAAGUUCACACCACGCCUUAAGGAUCUUCGUUUGCAGUCGUGGUCGCAGGAAAUUGAGUUUUUCAAGCUUGAUAGUCUUGUACAAGAAGAUUUCAAGAAAAAUCAAGCCGAUGCAACGAGGAUAGAAUGCCUUCGGUUAAUUAGGGAUUGUCUACAGUCGCCGGGUAUUAUUCAAGGGGAGGUGGUUGAUAAAGUUGUCGUUCUUUUCAAUCAUAUUAACAACACGAAUGAGAAUGAAAGAGAUGAAUCGGACCGGUCUUUUUAUGAAACAUUGAAAGAUGAAUUUUUAAAUAUAUGCCGAAACCGAUCUUUGUCUUUGUCUGCAUCUCAGAAGCUGGCUGACGACAGUUUUUUAAGGUCUAAUCAUGAUCACCCAGGCAUCCCAGGUCGCCUCGAUUUCAGUGAUGAGGAGAGCCCUAUAUCCAGUGAUAAUUUAACUAGUAAAGUUAAUUGUCAUUUAAAAGAGAUCUCUCCUGUUGCUUAUGGAGGUGAUGAGAAAGUUCUUGCUAUUGUUCCUUUGAUGAUUGGUAUAGUCGCUAAAGUUUUUUUGUUUUUUAAAGGUGUCUUUGAUUAUGUACAUAUCUCUUAUAUAAUUAUGAGUUUUUUGUUUUGCGCAAUUGUGUUUAGCGGGUUGGAUUUAUCAUUUGGUCGGUUCUCAUUAACCGUCUUUUUCAGAGAUGUUCCACCGUCUUAA